CUUCAGACAACACAAAGGAAAAAAAAAAAAAAAAAAAGUGUUCUAUUUAGGGAAGUGUUCAAGUUAUUGAGUUUAGGGAAGUGUUCAAGUUAUUGAGUUAUAUAUAAUUUCCCUGUUUUGAAAUGGAUCCGCUUUAUAUAACUCACCGUAAGACUAAUUCCACUAGUUUCAAUUUUGCAGAAACACAGCAAAACUUCGAACUAUUCUGUACGACAUCAUCAUGCAACGUACUCGCAUUUACAACAACCAACGAACUAACGGAACAGUCACCUAUUCAAGGCUGGGGAUUUCACAUCUACGUGGUGGAUCUAAACACGCCAUGGUUCCCGUAUAAAGUGUGUUCGAAUAAGUAUCCUGUGUCUACGUUGGAAUGGGAUGUGUUGGGUAGAUUUCUCCUGGUUGGCGACCGUAACGGAGAUGUGCAGAUCUACAUUCAAAAAGACAAUUUGCUCUCGGAAUGGAAACCCAUUUACAACGUACGAUUUCCGGGGGAAAACAUUAUCGGGGCGGCCUUUUUCCACAACGGUCGGAAAAUGGUUCUGCAAAUGGACAAGAAGGACCAGUACUUGUACAUGGAGAAAUUCCACAAAGUGAAAUUUGCUGCCAGUGUGAGGCAUUUCGGAGGUGUCCCGGUGGAUGGAGUAUUGAUCAUAUCCGCCACUGGGAUGUUGGGGGCGUUCAUCAUACCGUCUGAAUCAAAUGCGAACAUACAGAAAUUACAAGAGCCGAUUAAAUUGACACCGGUGACGGAGAGUUUGGGUGUGACGAGAAAUUAUUAUACGACUGCAAGUAUUUGCUAUUCUAAAAAUGGGAGUUUCAUGAUAGCAGUUGGAAACGGUGAUAUAAAAUCAGCUAACUCCAGUAUGGUACAGUGCUUCCGGGUGACGGUCAAGCAAAAUGGAGAAAAUUUGGCCAUUGAUAGUGCUGCGUUACCCAGCUUUUUUGUAGCAGAAGGUUUGGGUAAAGACCUGAGGGAUCUACGGGUGGCAUAUGUGAAAUGGGUGUUCAAUGAGGAUGCAGACUCACUGAUUGUUGCUUCGAAUCACGCUGGUGGUGGAUGCUUUGUAGAACAAUGGGAACUUACUGAAGAGUCAACUCCGAUUCAUAAGUUGCUACAGAGCAACAAAAACGAGGCAUUCAAGACACUGCUUUGGAUAAGCAAGAAUCAGUACCGCUUCAACACAAAAGUAAUAAAAGUAUCAACUACAAGAUUAAAUUUUUCGAACUGUUCUUUCAUAUACCUAGCUAUGAAUGACAACAGUAUUCAUUGUCUGCAAAGGGACACCUUCAAGCGAUUGACAUGUGCAAAUAUCAUUUCGAUCCGAGAUCCAAACGACCAUUCCAGCAAACAGAUGCGCCUUGGAGUUAAGAUUGGAGCCAUCGACAUAACACAGUUGGGACAUCUGUUCAUUGUCCUCGAUACAUUUGGUCAGCUGUACGUUUAUCGAUGUAACUUUAUGUGUCAGGAUCAGUUGGGCACUCCUGCACUGAUUGUACAAACUGUGAAUCUGCUGGAGUACAGUUUGGUAACCGGUUUCGAUUGUUUGGACAUUUUUCUCACUCUAAAGCCACAAAUUCUUGAGAAUAUUCUAGAGCGCUUGACGGAAAAUUUCCACCGUCAGCCCUCCAAUGUUCAACAGUAUUACUAUGUUAAUUUUCUAACAAUGAAAAUUGCAUUGUACAGAUUAUCAAUCCCCGGACAGCAGCGAUCUCACGAUUUAUCAAAUUUGCUUAUUCUUCACUCCAUCCUGACUGCUUUCAAGAGUUUACUCCGACCCUCCGAUCUAACAUCGCACGAGAAAGGUCCAGCUGAGAAUUUAGCAAUGGUUCUGUCAGAGUCAGUUCCAGAUGUCGACAAAGUUUUGUUGAAUUUGGAAGCAAAAGAUUUCACUAUGGAACGAUCAACACUACAAAGUUUGCAGCAACUAAUUCAAUGGGUGGCGGAUUUAGCACUAAACAUACUCGCAAAGUUGCCUGAAAACCGGGCAUUUAUGUCCAAUAAAUCACAAGGGUAUGACAUUAGUAAGGACAUAGUUGCCUUGACGAAUAUCCGUGAGCUAUUGGUCAUGAUUCGCAUUUGGGGUCUCCUGAAUCCGCAAUGCCUUCCUGUGUUCUCCCGUUCAGCAGAUAAUCUAGACAUUCUGCUAACUCUGUUCCGUCUAUUAACGAAGCUGUCUAUAAACCCAAACGAACCGGAUGAUUUGCUACUGGACGAGUGUUGUCUGCUUCCGAACCAGGUUCUCAUUCCACAGCUACAAUUUGUGCCCUCGCGUACGAUGAUAGCCUCACCUCUGUUGCCGCAUAUCAGUCUACCAGUCAUGUGCGAUUACGGCGUCGAGAACGAAUCGCUCAAAUUUUGCCCGGAGGUUCCAAUCGUUGAGGGCGGACUGUCGAACGAUAACGUGAUCGAUUCAGUUAUGUAUCUGCAGCUGGGCCGACGGCCACCUUCGCUGCGCCGUUGCACGCGCUGUGGUUCGUGCAGUAGUGUCAUCAGUGUAGCCAAAACGGCUGCCAUGAAAGCCUGGGAACAACGAUGGAUUGACAAGUGUCGAUGUAAUGGAUUCUGGAGACUGGAGGUUGCAUAGCUAAGGUAAGGUGAAUUAUCACAAAUCGACAGAAGUCUAGUUUCCACAAAGCACGUUGCAGAAGAAUGUCAAUGGACUGGCUAUAUUUAUUGAUUUUGAAUCGUU